AUGUUAGGGGCUGUAAGUAGAGUUGGAAGCGGUUUCUUAGCCGUUAAAACGGCAGCCGAAAAGACCCUGUCGGAAUGUACGAAAGUUGCAGCAGUAUCCGCUGGAAAUAAGAGAGAUUACGCGGCGAAAGCCUCAGGCAAAGGCCAAGGUAAGGUGGUUGCCGUUAUCGGUGCCGUAGUGGAUGUACAGUUUGAAGAUAACCUUCCAUCCAUCCUAAAUGCUCUUGAAGUCCAAAACCGCUCACCACGUCUGGUUCUGGAAGUAGCUCAGCAUUUGGGCGAAAAUGUCGUACGUACAAUUGCCAUGGACGGUACAGAAGGUUUGGUUCGAGGACAGCCAGUUCUUGACUCGGGUUCGCCCAUUCGUAUACCCGUUGGUGUCGAGACCCUUGGCCGUAUUAUUAACGUGAUUGGCGAGCCUAUUGAUGAACGUGGCCCUAUUCCAACUGACAAAACAGCUGCAAUCCACGCUGAAGCGCCCGAGUUUGUGGAUAUGUCCGUAGAGCAGGAAAUUCUCGUCACUGGUAUAAAGGUUGUCGAUUUACUUGCUCCUUAUGCCAAGGGAGGCAAAAUUGGAUUGUUCGGUGGGGCUGGUGUCGGCAAAACAGUACUCAUCAUGGAGUUGAUUAACAACGUCGCCAAAGCCCAUGGUGGCUACUCCGUUUUCGCUGGAGUAGGCGAACGUACACGUGAGGGUAAUGACUUGUACCAUGAGAUGAUAGAAUCUGGUGUUAUUUCCCUGAAAGACAAAACAUCUAAAGUAGCCCUCGUAUAUGGCCAAAUGAAUGAACCUCCUGGUGCCCGUGCUCGUGUAGCUUUGACCGGCCUUACUGUAGCAGAAUAUUUCCGUGACCAAGAAGGUCAGGAUGUGCUGCUAUUCAUUGAUAACAUUUUCCGCUUUACUCAAGCUGGUUCUGAAGUAUCUGCUUUGCUUGGUCGUAUUCCAUCUGCUGUGGGUUACCAACCAACCCUGGCUACUGACAUGGGUACUAUGCAGGAGCGUAUUACCACUACAAAGAAAGGUUCCAUUACCUCCGUGCAAGCUAUCUAUGUGCCAGCUGAUGAUUUGACUGAUCCUGCCCCUGCCACUACCUUUGCUCACUUGGAUGCUACAACUGUGCUGUCUCGGGCAAUUGCUGAACUUGGUAUCUACCCAGCUGUGGACCCUCUUGAUUCCACCUCUCGUAUCAUGGACCCCAACAUUAUUGGUGCCGAGCACUACAAUGUAGCCCGUGGUGUUCAGAAGAUUCUACAAGAUUACAAGUCACUCCAAGAUAUCAUUGCAAUUCUUGGUAUGGAUGAAUUAUCUGAAGAGGACAAACUGACUGUGGCCCGUGCCCGCAAAAUUCAAAGAUUCCUUUCACAGCCUUUCCAAGUGGCUGAAGUAUUUACUGGACAUGCUGGUAAACUUGUACCUCUGGAAGAGACCAUCAAGGGAUUCUCUAAAAUUCUGCAGGGAGAGUAUGACCAUCUGCCUGAAGUUGCAUUCUAUAUGGUAGGACCUAUCGAAGAAGUUGUUGCUAAGGCUGAAACUUUAGCUAAGAAUGCU